AAUUGGAAUGGUGUACAAUGGCGGUAGUAGCGAAAAAAGGAAUUUACAUAGUAGCUGCUAAACGGACCCCUUACGGGAUGUAUGGAGGUCUGCUGCGUGAUACCCUUGCUGAAGACCUGUUCGCUACCUCAGCUGCAGCAGCGCUGAAGGCCAGUGGCAUGGCUGCAGAUCUUGUUGACACUGUCAACGUCGGUCAGGUAAUGUCGGUAACACAAUCUGGUUUAUCUGGCCGGCACGCAGCUCUAAAAAGCGGUAUUCCUGCCACACGACCUGUCCUCACCAUAAACAAGUUAUCUGGAUCGGGAUUUGCCGCCAUUAUUUGCAGUGCACAAGAAAUCUUGAUAGGAUCGGCAAAAAUUUCCUUAGCUGGUGGUAUGGAGUCCCUUUCCUCUGUGCCGUUCUUAGUCCGAGGCGUUCGUUUUGGGACACAAUUAAGAAAGGCUAUACAAUUUGAAGAUCACUAUCAGAAGUGCCUUUUUGAUACUUAUUGCAAAAUGUAUUUAAUACAAACUGCUGAUAUGGUUGCGGCCAAGUUUGGAGUGACCAGAAGAGACGCUGAUGAAUUUGCGUUUAGGUCAUAUCAGAAGUGGAAAGAGGCGGAUGCCGAAGGUGUUUUCAAUGAAGAACUAGCUCCAGUUGCAAUUAAAGUGAAGGACCGUGACGUUCUCAUGACAAGAGAUGAACUGCCGCUACGUGAUAUGACAUUAGAGAAAUUAAGCAGCUUGUCACCUACGUACAAAGACGGCGUCAGCACUUCUGGUAAUUGCUGUGGCAAUGCGGAUGGAGGUGGUGCAGUGAUCUUGACCGAUGAAGAAUCUCUAAAGGUUCAUGAGCUGAAGCCACUGGCUCGGCUGGUCGGCUGGUCGUCUGUAGCAUUGGAUCCAGUUAUGUUGGGGAUUGCCCCGGUCUUGGCUGUGAAAUCACUACUCAAGAGAACAGGGUUAACAAUGAACAACAUGGACUUGGUUGAGUUGCAUGAAACAUUCGCAGCUGCAACAGUAGCAUGUAUUAGAGAGCUGGACGUGGAUGAUGACAAACUGAAUGUAAACGGAGGAGCCAUCGCUAUCGGUCACCCGCCAGCUGCUACUGGUGCAAGAAUAGUGACAAACCUCACGCACGAGCUCAGACGACGCGGUUUGAAAAGAGCUUUAACAGCUGGUUCGAUCGCUGGUGGACAAAGCAUAGCUAUGAUCAUUGAAGCUGUUUGAGGAUCAAUCA